AUGGCUUCCAACACCACCAAAGAAGUGCUCAUCGACCUCUCUCCCAUUAUCAAAGUCUACAAAGAUGGAACAGUGGAGAGGCUCAUGGGCACACCCAAUGUCCCGCCGUCGCCGGAAGACCCAGCCACCGGUGUAGCCUCCAAAGACAUAGUCAUUUCAACGGAGGUUAGAGCCAGACUAUACCUCCCCAAACUCACAGAUCCUAACCAAAAACUCCCCGUUUUAAUCUACUACCAUGGUGGUGGAUUUGUAAUUGAGUCCCCCUAUUGUUUGUUCUUCAACCGUUUAACUCACAUUUUAGCCGCAGAAGCAAAAGCUCUAAUCAUUUCUGUCCAAUACAGGCUCGCCCCUGAACACCUUCUACCUAUAGCCUAUGAAGAUUCAUGGACUGCCCUUCAAUGGGUGGCGUCUCACGUUAUUGCAAAUGCUAGUAUCGAAAAGGAUCCGUGGGUUACUAAACAUGGAGAUUUUGAUAAAUUGUAUAUCGGCGGGGAUAGUGCAGGUGCCAAUAUAGCGCAUAAUAUUGUUCUCCGGGCUGGGGUGGAACCUUUGCCCGGGGAUGUUUGCUUAGCGGAGAAUGAUGCAUUUAUGCCUAUAGGGAUUCUUUAUAUUGAGACUGUAAAGAAAAGUGGGUCGAAUGGUGUAGUGCAGCCAGGGGCGGAUCCAGCAUCCGAGAACCAUCUGCCAUUUUCUCGUUUACAACCUACAAAAAUCAUGAACACUGUCAUGGCUUCCAACACCACCAAAGAAGUGCUCAUCGACCUCUCUCCCAUUAUCAAAGUCUACAAAGAUGGAACAGUGGAGAGGCUCAUGGGCACACCCAAUGUCCCGCCGUCGCCGGAAGACCCAGCCACCGGUGUAGCCUCCAAAGACAUAGUCAUUUCAACGGAGGUUAGAGCCAGACUAUACCUCCCCAAACUCACAGAUCCUAACCAAAAACUCCCCGUUUUAAUCUACUACCAUGGUGGUGGAUUUGUAAUUGAGUCCCCCUAUUGUUUGUUCUUCAACCGUUUAACUCACAUUUUAGCCGCAGAAGCAAAAGCUCUAAUCAUUUCUGUCCAAUACAGGCUCGCCCCUGAACACCUUCUACCUAUAGCCUAUGAAGAUUCAUGGACUGCCCUUCAAUGGGUGGCGUCUCACGUUAUUGCAAAUGCUAGUAUCGAAAAGGAUCCGUGGGUUACUAAACAUGGAGAUUUUGGUAAAUUGUAUAUCGGCGGGGAUAGUGCAGGUGCCAAUAUAGCACAUAAUAUUGUUCUCCGGGCUGGGGUGGAACCUUUGCCUGGGGAUGUGAAAAUCUUGGGUUUAUUUCUAUCUUGUCCUUAUUUCUGGGGAUCAAAACCAGUUGGGUCGCAAUCAAAAGAAGAUAUGACUGCCCCGGGUGGGAUUGACAAUCCGAUGAUCAAUCCAAUGGCGAAGGAUGCUCCGAGCUUAUCGGGGCUGGCGUGUUCAAGGCUGCUGGUUUGUUUAGCAGAGAAGGAUGCAUUUACGCCUAUCGGAUUUCUAUAUGCUGAGACUGUGAAGAAAAUUGGGUGGAGUGGUGAAGUGCAGCUGGUGGUGGUUGAUGGAGAAGAUCAUUGUUUUCAUGUAUUUGAUCCUCACACUGAGAAAGCAAAGGAUUUGAUUAAGCAAUUGGCUUCUUUUAUUUCAUGA